UCUUCAUCAUUAUCUUCAUCUUCAUCAUUAUCUUCAUCUUCCUCAUUAUCUUCAUCUUCUUCAACUUUGGCAUCACCCAAGUCAACUUCAAUAACAUUAUCUUCCACUAAGAUAAAACCAAGUUCUGUCUCCUCAAUAAUCAAUCCGACUACAUUUCACACUUCCUCAAUGUCAUCAAGUGUAUCAUUGCUACUUCCUUCAUCAAAUUUAAUUUCCACUUAUUGUCAUCCUAAUACUACUAGACUAGUUUGCGCCAAUUCUUCAAAAUGUUGCUCGCCUUUGACCACAGUUUCCUCAUUAUUUUUAUCUUCUCCAACUACUUUGGCAUCAUCUCCCAUGUUAUCUUCAACUUUCAUUCUAACAAUAACACCCAGUUCUGUCUCCUCAAUAAUCAAUCCAGCUACUUCAUUUCCAUUAUCAAUUUCAUUAACUUCUGAUAUAACUUUAAUCUCAUUAUCACUUCCUUCAACAACUUCAGUUCCCACACAUGCAUGCCAUCCCCAGACUAAUACCACAGAUCGUGGUCAGUUUGAUUGGCCGCUAACAUUAGCUGGAAUGACUGUUACCAUAUUGUGUCCUAGUGGCCCUAAUGGAGCUACAGCAAGUAGAAUAUGCUCUGCUUCUUCUGAUUGGGAGUCACCAGAUGUGAUGAGGUGUGCUACUACUGAUGUUACAAAUGGAUUCAUUGAAUUAUCUAAAGUAAACAUUACAGUUGAUAAUUUUCAUUCAGCAGCCUUCAAUAUGAGCAGUUUAGUAGAAAAUGCAACACAUACUCUUGCUGACCAAAACAUUGAAAACAUCAAUGUAAUAUCAACAGUAUUGGAAGUAAUAAUAUCUGUUCUGUUAAAAAGCAAAAGUGCUCAAUUAAUAAUUGAAACAACAAGGUAUUUUGUACUUAUGCUCAAUUCAUUAAUGGAAUGGCCCAUAGGUGUAACUAAUGUUUUAAUCAAUGAUAUAAUCCAGUCAUUUGAAGAAUUCAUACGGGUUAUAUUUAAACAGGAAAAUUUUACAGUGAUUAAAAUUUCUGAAGAAAACAUUUUGUUUAGAGCAGAAAGAUUUGCAAAAACUAAUUUUAGUGGAUUAACCAUAUUAGCCAGUGCUUUUAAUAAUGGACUAAAUUUUAGUACUUCUGACAAUUUGAGUUCUUUGACACCCAUUGCAAAGGUGAUUUUACCAAAGAAUAUUAAAAAUGUCACAAACAGUGAGAACAUUGAUGUAGCAUCAACUUUAUACAAGAAAGCAACCUUCUUUCCA